AUGUGGGUUGGAGCUCCACAGGCAGAGUCUCGGGGGGAUCGAGAGCUGUAUCGCUCUGAUAACAGAUUCCUCUCCUUUGACCCGGCUGACCCUGCAGUCAGAGAAACAGAUGAUGAAGAGGAGGAGGAGGAGGAGGAGGAAGAGCAGGUGUUGGAUGAAGAGGCUCUGUUGAUGGCCAGCAUGGGUCUGCCUGUGGCCUUCGUCAGCUCCUCGAAACAGAGGAGGGAGGGGAGACGAUCUAACAGAAAGAUUACUGCUGAACCAGCUGAGGAGGAGGAGGAGGAGGAAGAUCUUCAGACUGAUAACACAGCUGAUCAGAGGGAGCUGUGGGAUCCAUCGGAGGAAGGAACAAAGGAGACUCAAGAUGCCGGCUGGGAAGUCUACUGGGCUCAACAGGGUGAAGCUCUGAUGUGGAGCAGCUGGCUUGAGAAGCAUCCUGAGACUCCAGCUGAAGAUCCAGGAUCAGCGGCUCCACCUUGGGAAGACCCGGACACAAAGGCUGCCUGGGAUCAACAUGCAGCAGAGACGUAUUACUCCUACUGGGAGCAGUAUUCAUACUGGGCAGCGCAGGGCUGGACCGCUGACCAGACCACCUGUGGAGGAGAGGCAGCAGCAGCAGGACUGAUGGACGGCAGCACAGAGGGAGGGAGGGAUGGACAGACUGAAGCUGAGAGCCAACAGGGACAAGAGGACAAUGUGGAGGUUUUGAAUGAUAUGGUUAAACAAAACUGCAGGAUAGAAGAAGACAGGAGCUCUGAGGCGGACCGGAUAGACGGACAGCGUGAGGGUGUGAUCUGUUACUCUGAUGAUCCCUCUGAUGGCGGGAACCAGCGCAAGAGACCGGCUUCCUCCUCUCAGAGGAACACCGCUGAACAGAAAGGCUCCCAGCAGGUUCCCCGCAGCGCUGACAGAGACUGUGGCUCAGAUAAGAAGUCAACAUCAGGAGGAGAGGAUGAUGAAGAUGAUGAUAGCAAGCCCCCAGGACGAGGACAUGUUAAAGUCAAACGCAGUCAUGAGUUGGAUUUGGAGGAAACCCCACAGAUGACAUCAGAGGAGGCUUGGAGUAAACUAGGACUCAAACACAACCCAAACCCUCAGUAUGACAGCGUGCUGAGAUUUAAAGGCGGAGCUGAUCAGAGGGGUCCGAGAAAGUGGCUCACCAAGACGGCGGCCUGCAGCAUCGGCAAACACACCAGAUUCUCUGAGACAGGUGGAGGCGACCCGCAGCCCCGGAUCAGCUCCACCCUCUGCAAGGUCAAAAACUUCCUUGAAAAGAACCAGAGAGCGGCAGAAACGACCCAACGGGACCCGAGCGAGACCAGAGGAGGCAGCGCACACACACAGGAGGUGCAACCCUCAUGUCUGGAAGAAGGGAUGGAAGAAGAGAAGAAGAGGAGCCUGAAGGAGGUGGAUGGAGAGACUUCUAGUACUCUGUGUAGAACAGGUACUGACGAGAAGGAGUGCACCCAGCCAAGAUCCUCUUUUAACUCUGCGACUUGGACUGUAGAAAGAGAGAGUGACGAGGAGGAGAGGGAGAAAGAGCAACCCGGGAGACAGAUAGUGUGUCCAGAAACUCCGGACUUCCUCCUACCUGACGCACCUGAAGGCAGCAGAGAGAUGAGCACAAAAGACCGAAAGAAGCCGACAAAGAGGAAAAACAAGCGAAGGGGGAAGCAGCCGGUUCCAGCGGAGAUGGCAGCAGAACCAGGACUCGCCAAAUACUGGGCUCAACGCUACAGACUCUUCUCCCGCUUUGAUGAAGGGAUCAGGCUGGACCGAGAGGGUUGGUUCUCUGUGACACCGGAGAGGAUCGCUGAGCACAUCGCCCUCAGGGUGCAGCACAGCUUCCCCGACUCUCAGCUGGUCGUGGACGCUUUCUGUGGGGUGGGAGGAAACGCCAUCCAGUUUGCACUCACUGGAAAGAGAGUCCUGGCCGUAGACAUCGACCCGGUGAGGUUAGAUCUGGCACGCCACAACGCCACCGUUUACGGUGUCGCCCACCAAAUCGACUUCCUGCAAGGAGACUUCCUCCAGCUGGCGCCCCACCUCCGUGGAGAUGUGGUCUUCCUCUCGCCUCCAUGGGGAGGGCCAGACUACCUGACCGCCGAGGUGUUUGACAUCAAGACCAUGAUGGAUCCGGAUGGAUUUGAGAUUUUCCACCUGGCCAAGCUGAUCUCAGACAACAUCGUGUACUUCCUGCCUCGUAAUGCUGAUGUAGACCAGAUCGCCUCUCUGGCUGGUCCAGGAGGAAAGGUGGAGGUGGAGCAGAACCUCCUCAACAACAAACUGAAGACUGUGACUGCUUACUUUGGCAGCUUGAUCCAUUCAGACUCUGAGGGACUCUAAAGGACUCUUCUCUUCCUCCUCUCAGUGAGAGUGGAACAGGAACUUACUUCAGACUGCUUUCAGAUCAGAUCCUUUACACUCAGUCGGUCUUCUACGUACGUCCUGUAUUCAGAUUUUAGUCGUUAUGAUUUAGUGAUAUGUAAUGAUAUGUUGUUAAUGAUCACAGGUUACAGUUUCUGAUGUUUGAGUUCCUUCAGUUGGUUUUAUGGUUUUAUAACACACAGAGGGGAUGACAUUUUUACAGAUAUUUAUACAUGUUGCUGUUUUAAUUUUAAUUCUAUGUAAGAGCUAAUAAAUGUUUUCCAGAA